CGGCCACCUCAGCUGCAUCCCAUAGAGUUGCCACCCAGGCCUCAGCCAGGACCUUUCAGGCCAGACAGGAGCACCUGACCAAAGGUUCACAGCCGCCCUCACCACCCGGCCUUCUACGGUGUCCAGAGACAGUUAGCCAGGCCUGGGCUGGGCCACUCCACCUUCCCUAGUCACCAGCUGGUUUCCCAGAGGAGAAGACUGAGACCCGAGAAGGGAGCCAGCCUGUCCCAUGCCCGCCUGGGGAGCCCUGUUACUGCUCUGGGCCACAGCAGAGGCCACCAAGGACUGCCCCAGCCCGUGUACCUGCCGCGCCCUGGAAACCAUGGGGCUGUGGGUGGACUGCAGGGGCCACGGACUCACGGCCCUGCCUGCCCUGCCGGCCCGCACCCGCCACCUUCUGCUGGCCAACAACAGCCUUCAGUCCGUGCCCCCGGGAGCCUUCGACCACCUGCCCCAGCUGCAGACCCUCGAUGUGACGCAGAACCCCUGGCACUGUGACUGCAGCCUCACCUAUCUGCGCCUCUGGCUGGAGGACCGCACGCCCGAGGCCCUGCUGCAGGUCCGCUGUGCCAGUCCCAGCCUCGCUGCCCAUGGCCCGCUGGGCCGUCUGACAGGCUACCAGCUGGGCAGCUGUGGCUGGCAGCUGCAGGCGUCCUGGGUGCGCCCAGGGGUCUUGUGGGACAUAGCGCUGGUCACCGUGGCCGCGCUGGGCCUGGCUCUUCUGGCUGGCCUGCUGUGUGCCACCACAGAGGCCCUGGAUUGAGCCAGGCCCCCAGAACCCCUGGCUCCAGGCCAGGGGGCAGUCCCUGAGGCAGGUCCCCAGACUCCACCAAGCCUGGUCAGCCCAAACCACCAGAAGCCCAAAAUAAACUGGCAGCUCAGCUGUUUUAUAUAA